UGAAACUAAGAGCAAUUCAAAAUAAUUCAAAAAUAUGCAAUUAAAGGUAUGACCAAUUUUUUGGUUUGUACAAUUAUAGUAACUUUUUUUCAAGGUCUUUAAGGCUGGUCAGACUGUUAGUCGGCCUGUGUGUAUUCUAAAUAAGCCGGACUUCAACAAUGGCGGCUGAUCCGUCACGACUAGCCGUUAAAUGUCAACUGGAAGAGGAAGUUUUAAAAUAGUGGUAGGAUAGUAGUGUUUUAUUGAGAAUUAUGGCAGCAAAGGAACCUGCUACUAUUGACGAUGAAAUCGCUGAGCCUGGCAUUGAACCAGGCGCUUCUGCGGAAACGAUGCUUGUCACUACUGAUAGUUUUGAAGAAUACGAACAAGAGAUCAGCAGUAGCAUCGACGAUAGACAAAUGAAAGAAAGCACUACGAGCACCAUCUCAGAAAUUCAAGAAGACACGCAAGACAUUCCAACAACGCCCACCGCAACAAAUUCACGAGAUCUUCAGAAAACAGCUUCUCUUGAUGAUUCGGAAUUAGAGGAUGUCACCCAUCGGUUAGGUCAAAGUAGUUUAGAGUCUGAUCCCUUACGCUGCAAAACAUGGUUGGCUCAAAGGAAACACAUAUUUAUAUUGAGCCAGGCUGGAAAACCCAUAUACUCUAGAUAUAGUUCUGAAGAUAAACUAGUCACAGUAAUGGGUGUCAUGCAGGCCCUAGUUUCAUUCGUCCAAGCAGGCAGUGAUAUGAUCAGAUCUGUGCAUGCAGGAGAUACUAACUUUGUAUUUGUUGUCAAAGGUCCAUUAAUAUUAGUUGCAGUUUCAAAAACACUUGAAAGUGUACCUCAACUUACAUUGCAGUUAACAUACGUAUAUAAUCAGAUAGUCUCUGUGUUAACACAGUCACAAUUAACUAGAGUAUAUGAUCAACGUAGGAAUUUUGAUUUGAGGAGGUUGUUAUCUGGUAGUGAAAGACUGAUAGAUCAUUUACUAAAUUUCAUGGACAGAGAACCAGCAUUUUUUCUAGGCGCUAUUAAAUGUUUACCUUUACUUCCUUCAAUGCGAAGUUCCAUUGCUCAGACUAUCAUUCAGACGUGUGGUAAAAUCAAGAAUUUAGUGUUUGCAAUACUUCUAGCUAAUAAUCAACUGGUAACAUUAGUCAGAAUGAACAAAUUUUUUUUACAUCCAGUGGACUUGCAUAUAAUACAAAAUUUGGUCGACAGUUCAGAGUCACUUAAAACAGCCGAAAGCUGGACACCAAUAUGUUUGCCGAAGUUUGACGCUAACGGUUAUAUGCACGGGCAUGUAUCAUACUUGGCCGAGGAUUGUCAAGCAUGCCUAUUAUUGCUUACGGUCGACAGAGACGUAUUUUUUGUACUUUCUGAAGCAAAACAAAAAAUUGUAGAAAAAUUAAGGCGGACAAACUGCUUAGAAGCGAUUAACGAAUCCAUGAAUAAACCACCAAUUACAACGGCUGAUAUCGGUUUGCCAGAAAUGAGACACGUUUUGUACAAAUGUAAAAGUACAGCUCAGUUUUGGAGUCCUGGACUUCAACCUCCAUACACAAAGGACGAAGAAAUCGAACGAUUGUUGGGUCUAUAUCAGUGUUUACAUCACAGAUUGUAUGCUCCUAACCGACCACUGAAACUUAUAUUCCAACAAUUAGAUAAAGAGACCAUGUUGGCAUGGGUAACAAUAAGUUUUGAACUCUAUGUUACAUUUGAACCGUUGGUAACCAAAGCCGAUGCCAUUGAGGCAGCGAGUAAACUGAUAAAAUGGAUUAAAAAAGAGGAAGAAAGGUUAUUUAUUUUAAAUCCACCAACAUUUUAAAAGUCCUAUAAUAGUGGUGAUAUUUUUAAAAGAAAAUUCAUUCGUCAGACGAAUAGAAUUCGAAAUGUGCAGUGCAUUGUUUGAUAGUGAUUUAUAUUGACUAGAUGGAGUAUUGUUACAAAAUAAUAGAAAACACAAACUGCAUCGUGAGUUAUGUGAUGCAUUCAUGUUUUUUUCUCUCAUAUAUCGACACUAUACUUUUGCUCAUUAUUUUUAAUUACGAAAGUACUGUGCAAUAUAGUACUAUGUGGAAAUGUAUAUAUUUAAAAACACUACGCGUGUAAUCGUAUAGAUUAUAUUUAUAGACAGGCUAUGACAUUACCAAUUUAUUUUAUUACAUGGUGCUCGAGGAAAUUUGUCAUUGUAUUGUUAAGGAAGUCACUUUGGAAAGCAUCUUUUUAUAGUUAAGAAACGUAUCCUUGAAACAAUUCUUCAUCAACAAUCGCAAUGAUAAAUAUUCUCUAUUCUUUUGUAAAUAAUACUUACAUUGUAAGGUUUGAAUCGAAAAAAAAAGAAAUGAUUCCAGAACAAGUGAAUAGUGUAAUUUUAUGAUGAAAAAAUAUUGUUACUAGGAACGCGUAACGUACGGGUACUUUAUGCUACUAUGUAGCGUUUCUAUCGACGAGUACUAUAAUUUUAAUAUGAAACUAUUCCCUGUAAAUGUUACACGCUACUGUUAAUUUUGACCGAAGUGCUGUAUACUGGAUAAACGAAUUCAAGACUUGUAUCACGCAGAUUUUUUUAUUCGUCU